UGAGCCCUACUUGCUCGCAAUUUUCAAAAAGUUCAGGACAGAGAGAGAUGGGUAUCAACUGCUCCAUCCCUGAAGGUCCUCCACUGAGGAUUGUGAUGAUUGGGAAAACUGGAGUCGGGAAGAGUGCUGUGGGUAACACCAUCGUGGGUAGAGAAGUUUUCCACUCUUCUGCGAGUGCUCGGUCUGUGACGGAGAGCUGCAAAACAGAACGGGCCAUUGGUGGCAGAGAGAUCCACGUGGUCGACACGCCUGGGAUCCUGGAUACGUAUAAAAGUGCAGAGAGCAUAAAGAAAGAGAUUGCAAAAUGCAUCCAGGUGUCCACUCCUGGCCCUCACGCUAUCCUGCUGGUCAUCCAGGUAGGACGAUUCACCAAAGAAGAAGAGAACUGCGUGCAGGCCCUGGAGAAAAUCUUCGGACCUGAGGCGUCUAAGUACAUGAUAGUUCUGUUCACGCGUGGCGAUGAUCUGCAGCACCGAACCAUUAGGCAGUAUUUGCAAAAUGGCCACCCAAAACUUCGAGAUGUGGUAAACAGAUGUGGUAACCGCUACCAUGUCUUCAACAACAAGAUAAGAUGGAAAAGGACUCAAGUGGCGAAGCUGAUCAAGAAGGUCGACGAGAUGGUGGCGGCAAAUGGAGGACAGCACUUCACUGAAGAAAUGUAUCAGGAAGCAGAGCACACUUUGAAGGAGAAGAAGAAUUACAUAGACCCAACAGGCCAACAGGUUUACAACUACACCUUCAUGGCCGAGUUGUUACAGAAAGUCAUUCUGUUUCAGGCCGUACUCUCUGCUGCCUCUCAGGACAACCUUGACAACCUGGACCCCUCCGUCACAGCCUCCUAACCCAACACGAUGCCUGCCGUCUGAUGGAAACAGCCCUCAGUUUCUUUCCAGAUUUCUGCUCAUUUGAUACAGAACAUCUAAAUGAUUUUUGAAAAUCUGGGUGUGAUAUUAACUUUUUGUAAA